AUCGCAGAGCGGGGUUUCAGAUUGAGAUCAAGAUCAAGAACGCCGAUCCGUAUUCGUCAUUCGUCAUUCGGAGCUGGGCCUUCGAGCGGUGGGAGAAUCGCACACCUUCAUCGAUCGAUCGAUCGAUCGAGCACUGCGUGCGUAAAAUCAGAAGUCUACGUCGAGAAGGAUCUGAAAUUGCUCGUCGUGUGCAGUCUGAAUCGCUGAACUGAAGCUGAAGCUGCAGCAGUGAACUGAAUCCUCGGACGAUUGGGGAGCUGAGUGACGGACGUGAUUGAGCUCGGGGAAGCGGGAGUGAAGUGCAGCUGAGAUGGGGUUCCAAGAAGGUCCGGGCAGGCUCAGACGGGUGAUCACAGCUCUUGUUCUCGGGUCGACUCUGUGCAUGGCGUUGUACUGGGAGUUCAUCGGACACACGUCUGCGGAUCUGAAGCCAUGCCCGCCGUGUGCAUGCGACUGUUUGCAGCCCGGGGAUGAAUCCUUGAAAGAGUCUCUUGGAGAUUUGAAAGAUGUUAUCCUGCCAAAUUGUGGCAGAGAUCAUCCGGGCAUGCAAAGUGAGUUGAAGAAAAGCAGAUUUCAGUUGAUGAAGGAAGAGUUCCUUCUGAAUAAAAUAGUACGGCAAGAAACUCAACUGCGCUACGAAAAGCCGAUCAGAGAUGCCCAAAAGAAGGCAGCUGAUCAUGAAAAGGAGUAUGAGAGCUGCAAUCAGAAAUUGAUUGAGAGCGAGGGAGCCAGAGAAAUGGCCGCAAUCGACCUUUCUAACCAGAGAAAGGUCACACUUUUGUGGGAAGAGAGGGCACGAACAUUGGGAUGGAAGGACGUGAAAGAACGAGGGACGAAUCCACAAGCGGCGAGUCCCAGCUCAUCCGAUCAGAUGAGCUGAAGUACAUGCAGAUUGCAUGUUGGAGCUUGGCUCUCCUUUCAAUAGUCGCGAUGCAUCGUUGAGAAGCAACCGGGAACCAACUGAGCACGUGGACAUGAAGAAGCUGGGCGAUAAAAAUUAGCAUCUAGUCAAAUUUCGUGGUUAAUGAUUGAGCACCACUGAUGUCGUAUAUUUAAGCGAACAAUUUCGUUUUGCAUUUUUCAUGAACAUCCAUUAUAGUUCUCACUAUUAGUGGAAAUUAUCGUUCAUGUUCCCUUCAUUGAAGGUCUCCCUUUUUUUAGGUAGAGCUAAGCCAUUAUAAAUGUCUGUUGUAAUGAAGCUAAUGUUUGACCGUCAUAAGCUUCUUUAGAUAGACAUGUAGUGAGCAAGGCCAGAUUUGAUACACGAGUCACACUAUCGAUCUCAUGAAAGUAAGAAAGAUUAUAGAUCAGGUCAGCUGACCCGCUAGAGAAAAAAAUCUUCAGAGAAAAAAGCCAUAUUUGAUACCGUUGUCAAAUUAUUGAACUUCCUUCAAUACUGGAGGCAAAAGAUCAGAUCAAAUGACUUGUUAAAACAUUUAGUGCUAGAAAUGUAAGAGUGAAAGCCAUGUCUGAUACCAUUGUCAUAUCCUUGAGCUUUUGUCAACACAUAUGACGCAGUAGAUCAGAUUGUAUGGCUUUCUAAUGAUUGACUGUACCUUACAUCUAUGUCAAUCAACAUUGCGUUUUCAG